CAAUCCCUAAUUUAUUGCCAUCAUUUCCCCCUUUCCAAAGCAGUUGUUCAGUUCAUUUCGCUCACAAGUGCUCCUCCGAAAACCGAAAUAAAACCGUUCCCAUCGUGCGAACAAGUUCAAUCGAUUCCAAAGUCUAAAACUGUGAACGUUCUUUAUUGUGAACUCUCUGAUAACCGAAGAAAAGGACAUGGCCUCAAGAACAGUUGCAAAAGACAUAAUCACUCUUCGCGGUUCCGCAGCAAUUGUUAGCGAGUUCUUCGGAUAUGCUGCUAACAGCAUUCUUUACAACCGUGGAGUUUAUCCAGAAGAAAGCUUUGUGAAGGUUAAGAAAUAUGGCCUCCCCAUGUUGCUUACUGAAGAUGAGGGUGUCAAAACUUUUUUAGCCAAUCUAACUGCUCAGCUCUCUGAAUGGCUUGAAGCUGGCAAGUUGCAGAGGGUUGUCCUUGUUAUAAUGAGCAAGGCCACCAGUGAAGUGCUUGAAAGGUGGAACUUCAGCAUUGAGACUGACUGCGAGGUUGUUGAGAAGGGUGUCUCGAGGGAAAAGAGUGACAAGGAGAUCAUGAGAGAGAUACAAGCCAUUAUGAGGCAGAUUGCUUCAAGUAUCACUUAUUUGCCAUGCCUGGAUGAACCUUGCAUUUUUGAUGUGUUAGCGUAUACUGACAAGGAUGUGGCAGUUCCAUUCACAUGGGUUGAGAGUGAUCCAAAACUCAUUGCAAAUCCGCAAAUGGUGAAAUUGCAUUCCUUUGAUACUAAGAUUCACAAGGUUGACACACUUGUAUCAUACAAGAAUGACGAAUGGGAUGAGCAGUAAUGGCAGUCCGUGUCUUGUAUUUUUUUGUUCAGCUUCUUGCGUUUUGUUUCUUCAGGUCUUGAGUGAAUUUCCUGUUUUGUUAGACCUGUAAAUUGUGAAUUUUCUAUUCACAUUGUUAGAUGUGUGUACUACUCUGGGAUUCAACGGGUAUUUAUUAUUAAUCCUCCCUUUUGUAUGUUUGACUUGUUGUGGCAGUAAGAAUUGCCAUGUGGGAUCUCAAGAAAUCUCCCUGUUGUUUUCAGAAGGUUGGAUUUAUCAAUCAUUUCAGUCUUAUGAAACAAAUGCCGCAUUCCGAGUAUUAAUUCA